AUGACCGAGCCAAGGCUUUUUGGUACCCACACACCAUUCCCUUCAUUGCCCAAGUCCGUCAAAGAAUCUCGCUUGUCUUUACCUACGUUUACACUCGAGGAUGCAUUUGAAACGUUUUGCAAUGGCGUAAAUUUUUUUGGUCCAUGGUGGAGUCAUGUAUUAGGGUACUGGAAGGCGAGCAUAGACAGACCAAACAAAGUUCUGUUCUUGAAAUAUGAGGAUCUCAAAGAGGAUACUGAAUUCCAUGUGAAGGAGAGAGCAGCACAGUUGUUGAAAGUAUAA